AUGUCGCAUGAGGACCUGUGCUGCCCCGUGUGCCAGGACCUGUUUGUGGACCCGCUGGUGCUGAGCUGCAGCCACAGUGUGUGCAGACCAUGUGUGGAGUCCUGGUGGAGAGGGAAGAACCAGCGCCAGUGUCCAGUCUGUAAGACCUGUGCCCCAGCAACUCCCACCUCCAACCUGGUCCUCAGGAACCUCUGUGAGGCCACCCUGACCCUGUUCUGUCUGGAGCACCAGGACCCGGUCUGCCUGGUCUGCAGAGACUCAGAGAGACAUGUGGGGCAUCACUUCAGACCUCUGGAUGAAGCAGCCACACAGCACCGACAAAAACUCAUGGACCUCACCAGACCUUUGAGGGACAAGAUGGACAAGAUCCAGAAGAUCCAGGUGGAAUACGAGCGCACGCUGGAGCACGUCUCUGCGCAGGCGCACAGGAGCGAGCAACAGAUUCGGUGUGAAUUCGAGGCUCUGCACCGGUUCCUGCGGGAGCAGGAGGAGCGGGACGUGCACGCGCUGCGCGAGGAGCUGCGGGAGAAGAGCACGCGCAUUACGGAGCGCGUGCAGCUCGUGCAACAGCAGAGCGCACCGCUCAGGGGCGCGCUCCUGCACGUGGACGAACAGAGGCGCGCGGACGACGUCAUCUUCCUGCAGGAGUACAAGCACACCGUGCGACGGGUGCAAGGCUGCCCCCUGCUGGAGGAGCCUCCUGCGCUGACGAACGCACUCAUCAACGAGGCCCGUCAUGUGGGGAACCUCUGGUACCGGGUCUGGUCUCGGAUGGCGGAGCUGGUGGAGUUCUGUCCGGUUCUCUUCGAUCCUAACACCGUGGAUCCUCAGCUGAGUCUGUCUGCCGACCUGAGCGCAGUAACAAGGGCCGACCAGAAGGAGGCAGGACCCAAAGACCAGGAGAGGCCCCCACAGAACCCAGAGAGAUUCCACAACUACUUUGCUGUGUUGGGGUCUGAGGGCUUCACCAGUGGCACCGCGGAGUGGGAGGUGGACGUGAGUGGCUCGUCCCAGUGGAGACUCGGGGUCCUGGCUCAUGGUCUCCCUCUGGAACAGUCUCAGUGGGUUAUCUGGUUCUUCAACGGCGUUUUGGCCGCUCAGGCACCAGGUGUGCCUCUGAGCAUGCUCCGUGAGGUCCGGCCGCCCGCACGAGUCUGCAUCUCGCUGGACUGUGACCAGGGGAGCAUCCGCUUCAGAGACCCAGGUGGGCGGGAGAUCCACCAGCUGAGCUUCACACCUGGUCUCACCAUGUUCCCCUUUGUCAAGACCUGGGACACGGCUAGAAUCACCACCGGACAAGUCAGAGGGGUCAUUGCGUUUGAGAAGAAACCAGAGGAGAAACCAGAGAGAAAGAGCAAGACUAGUUUGGAGAAGAUGCUCCAGAAGGUGGCAAGUCGGAAGAAAGGGGAAACCACGGCCGAGGAGAGUUCUUAG